AGAGAGACUCCUCCUCCAGUAGAGGAGGGUCUGGUUCUGGAGGAGGAGCUGAUAUGAGUCCAGAGCGCAGAGAGCAGCUCCUCCAGUCUAACAGCCGGAGGAAGAGAGGAAGGAAGGAAGGAAACCCUCACUGCAGACACACCGACACACCGAGCUCUGGACUCUGUUUACCUCCUCCGCUGUCUCUGCUCUCUGCUCUCCGGUCUCCGGUCUCCGGUCUCCGGUCUCUGGUCUCAGUUCUCAGCUCUCCGGUCUCCGGUGUCUCCGGUCUCCGGUGUCUCCGGUCUCCGGUGCCGGUUCCACUUCGGACUCUGCGGAUUAUUGAUCUGAAGAAGGUUCAUCAGAAUCUCUGGAUUUAUUUCACGUGUUGAUGUUUCUCUCUCUUCGGACCUGCGGAUCCAUCUGGACUAACUCUGGACUAACUCUGGACUAACUCUGAUGUUCUUUAGGUUGCAUUGAUAUUAACAGACAUCUGGUCCUGGUGUUGUUGAUCCAGCGGGGAUGACCUGACACACUGACAUGCACCAUCCGUCCAGGCCACCAAACCCGUCCGAUGGCUCGACCCCAGUAACGGGCCCACCGGGGACCGGAGGAGGAGAUCCAGCUCCGGAGCGGAGCUUCGGCCGCCUCGACUCCACCGGAGGAGGAGAGCCGGACUCUCCGUCCUGGGUCAGAACCAGAACCAGAGCCGGCUCCCCUGUGGACGGCCUCGGCGUGUUCCAGACCAGGUCUAUAUUCCAGCUCCCCCGCCGAGCCUCCAGCGGAUACUUCUCCUCCGACGGAGACUCGGUACCGAGCUCCCCGCGCUGCCCGAGGCCUCCGACGGCUGACAGAGCGACGCAGACACCGAGUCCCUCUGGACAGCUGGUGCAGCACGCCAUGCAGCGCCUGGCUGAGGCGCAACAGCAACACGGACGUCCUCCCAGCACGCUGCACCCAGAGGACGCAGCAGAGGACAUGCAGGCGGAGGCCAUGCAGGCGGAGGCCGUCGGACGAGAGCUCCGACGCAUCGGAGAUGACUUCAAUACACUUCUGCACAGGGGGAUGGCAGGCGGACACAGACGGGAUGAGAUCCCUCCGAACCCCCCCGCCCACCAGGAGCCCUCCGUGCUGCUCUGCGUGGGCGUUCUGCUGCUCCUGAUUGGACGGAUGAUCUACCUUCAGGGCGGUACGAGCAGCCAGGACCACUCUCAGGUUUAGCCUCAGAUAAACCCAGCAGACGUAGCAUUGUUCUAUAAUCAUGUAUCUGUGUUGGAUCCAUUCUGUUUUUGGGGACCUGACUUUGACCCUCUUGUCCCAGUGGAGGACGGAGACGUUGGACUUGUCAGGAACUCUAAAACUCCUGGACUUUUGUUUUUAACCUCUAUUCUUCCUUCACGGUCUCUGAGCUUUUGCGAUGCAACCAAAGAGCCGAGGUUUUGCACUCCUUUGCAGCACGGAGACAGCCCCGUCACCUGAAUCUGCCUCUGUGCACGACGGCGCCGGUGGAAAUUCUAAUGUGCCUUGUACAGUUUCCUGUUUACUUUUUUUAUAGCGUCUGUUAAGGUGUGUUUUAAAGUACAGAGAGGAUGUGAUCACCUCUGCAGACCCGGGGUUGUUAAAGUACGCGGGUCCAGUCUGCAGAUCUUUUCUCUCUGAUGGAUUCAGACAGAGAAACAUGACCUCUCACUCCUGUCACAUCAGGAUCCAGCAUGCAACAGAUUCAGGACCUGUGUGGGAACCAACGGGGCCAAAGUACCCGUUUUUAUAACGCCAUGAACUCUGCUUACGUCUACGUUGUGAGUUCAACAGAGACGACUUUACACCAGCAUGAACUGUGUCCUGGUAAUCUGACUACUAAAUGGUAUUGAUUUAAGAGAAGUGAUUUAGCAGACUCCAUGUGGACGGGGUUAGGGAUGCACCGCGUAUCAGACCGAGUACAAGUACUUCCAUCUGGGUACUCUCCGAUACCGAGUACCGAUACGAGUACUUCUCUGUGCCUAAAGAGCCUCGUUAACAGCCAGCUGGAGGGUGUGAGCGACACACGGCAGGC